AUGGAUUUUAUUAUAAGAUUCAACAGGGCAAUUAGUCAUUUGAGGCAUGAAGAGGUGACUGACAACCAUGUUGAUGUCAAUGAACAGCCAAAGUUAAGAUCUGCGAUGCCUAUGGAGAUGCAAAUUAUGGAUUUGUAUACAAAACAAUACUUUCAUAAGUUCCAAGUCGAGCUUUACGAAAGUAGUGCUUAUGUAAUAAAUUUUAUAUCAGAGGAUGAAAAUCAAAGUUUUUAUGAGGUUACCAAAGUGUGCAAAGGGAAAUUUAAAGUGCGAAGACUUUUACAUGAUAAAGGCACUGAUGUGGUCAACUGCAAUUGUCGAAAAUUUGAAUUUGAAGGCAUCUCAUGUAGGCACAUUCUUGCAUUUUUCAAAAUAAAACAAAUCAUGUUUUUGCCAAAAUAUUAUAUCAUGAAAAGAUGGAUGAAGUUUGCAAGAGUUGAAAGCAUUGUAGUUCAAGAUGGUAUGGAGAUUAAAGAUGCGCCGGAUAAGUCUAUUUUGAUAAGGCGCACUAAAUUAUCUCAACUUGUAGCUACCGUCAUUGAUGAAAUUGCAGUCAUGGAAGAAUGGAGUGAAGUAUUAACAAGGGCAUUGGAAACAGUUCUUAAACAAGUUAGAGGCAUUAAAGCAAUUAAAGUUGAAGAGAAUAAUAGUUAUGUGCAAGAGAAGCAAUUUGACAUUCCUCAACAACGAAAUUUUAAUGAUCCCCUUCAAGUUAGGGCAAAAGGGUGUGGUAAACGUUUGAAGUCAUGGUCAACUGCAAAUAUUGAUGAUGAUAUUUCAAAUGAGUUAGAAAAUGUCGAUAGUGGAUGUGAAUGA